CUGCUUCGGGGAGAAGAGCCCUGCAGAGCUCGUUCUGCUGUCUGUAAUAGCCCGUACAGCACCCGAGCGGCAGCUGGGAUUUAGGAUUUCACGCACCAUGUUAAAUUCUGAGUCUUGACUUUAAAUUUUAAAAAAAUGUCUAUCGUUUAUUUUUUUUUUUUUUAAGAAGCAGGUGAAAAAAACCCAUGCAGGUAGACCACACUUUAAAACAGACCUAAAAUGCAUUUCGCCUCAGAAAGGACUGAUAAGAGGGCUGAUAAGUAAAAGGACAGCAGAUAUAGAAGUCUGUCUGAGGAAGAUCAGCUCCAGAAGUCAAAAUGAGGUCACCUGACAAAGGAAUUUUCACGAUGCCUUUGGGGAAACAUACGGAAUGUGUAGCAACGGGAUGCAGAGCCACCCGAAGCCUGCAUUGAUCGGGGCGUUUCGUACACAAACUCUCGUAUUUAACGCUGGCAGUAGCAGAGCUGAUACAAAAGCGGCUGUCUGCUCUGCCAGCAGAAAGGCUGCUGUGGCUGCCAGGCUCGGCUGUCCCAGGCAGGGAUGCUGCUGCUGGUGGUGCUGCUGCUGGGGCCGCUCAGCCCCACAGCUGGCAAGGAAGGGAUGGAAGGGAGAGACGAAGCAGUGAGCAGGGGCUGCUGGCGGGGUGCAGUUCUGCCAGAGCCCUCUCUCAGUAUCUGACUGGUUUUCUAGUGUCUUCUGGGCUUUGCUGCAGAAGUUCUGGGGAGCUGUAAAAGUGGUUUUUAAGGCUGUUUCAGGUACAUAAUCUCAGCCGUUAUUUUUCCUAGAAAGCAGAGCUAGGUAACAUUUUGUGGUAGUAGGGUAGUUGGGUGUUUAGCAGGCAACUAGGGAAGCAGAAUAUUAGAAAGUAGUGUUCAGGGUUUCUGGUAUCCUGUCCCAAAAUACCUAAAGCCUGCAGGAAAUGAGACAAGUCAUUUCAUUGCUGUUGAGGAACUGAGAAAAUACCCAUCUGUUAUGAUGAUUUGGGUUCUUUGUGCUUUCUGAUGUGCAAACAGAUACAGUCCUAUACCAAUACCCCGUUUUGCAAAGAAAGAGGCUCACUUUUUUUUAUUUUUUUCCAAGUCUUACUAGAUAUUUUGACACCUGUGUCCCAAUUACUUGAAAAAUAAGUUUGGGGUUUUUUUGCUUCACUUAUUGGAUUUAAUUAAACAAUAAAUCAUCAACUCUUUUGGUUUUUUUCCUGGUUACUUUGAUGAUAGUGAAUAAACAGAGGCUUUUUUGUCUCUGGGAAAAUAGGGUCUGGCCUGAAUGUUUGAAUUGCUUCAUUAUAAAUGAAAAUAAGCUUAAGAAUUUCCUGAGCACUCUGUUCUCAGUAGCAGGAGUUCUGAGAAGAGGAACCUUGUCCAUUCUGUCAGACUAAGAUGACUGUAAAAAGCUAUGGAUUUUUUACUGACUAGAUUUAAUCCUCAAAUAUAUUUUUGCAGCGUACACUUUGUAAUGUUUACAAAAAAACUUCAAGUUAAAGCAAAGCCUUUAAUUCUUAAGAUUUUCUGUGUAGAAGAUACUUUGUGGCUAGAUCAGAAACUGAAUUUUCAGUAUGUAGCAUUUUCCAGAAGAUGCUCCUGGUUUAGUGGCAGAGGCUCUGUACAGCCUGAGAAGGAAGGCAUGUGAUUGUGUCACUGUGCAAUUAAAGCUACAGUGGAAGGUGAUUAUAUAUAAAAGCUGUAAAGGACCCUACAGCUGUAGAAAGAGCAAAUUUAUUGAACAUGGCUAAACUGAGUAUCAAAGGACUCAUUGAAUCAGCCUUGAGCUUUGGGCGCACUCUGGAUUCUGACUACCCACCUUUGCAGCAGUUCUUUGUGGUCAUGGAGCACUGCCUGAAGCAUGGCCUGAAAGUGAGAAAAUCCUUUCUAAGCUACAAUAAAACCAUCUGGGGUCCUCUGGAACUUGUGGAGAAAUUAUAUCCAGAAGCUGAGGAAAUAGCAGCGAGUGUCAGAGAUUUGCCUGGCCUUAAGACGCCGCUGGGCCGUGCCCGGGCCUGGCUGCGGUUAGCGCUGAUGCAGAAGAAAAUGGCCGAUUAUCUUCGCUGUUUAAUCAUUCAGAGAGACCUCCUCAGUGAGUUCUAUGAGUAUCAUGCACUAAUGAUGGAGGAAGAAGGAGCAGUUAUUGUUGGGCUGCUGGUUGGGCUGAAUGUGAUCGAUGCCAACCUGUGUGUGAAGGGAGAAGACCUGGAUUCACAAGUUGGGGUGAUCGAUUUCUCUGUGUAUUUGAAGAGUGAUGAUGACAUUGGGUGUAAAGAAAGAAAUGUACAGAUUGCUGCAAUAUUGGACCAAAAGAAUUAUGUUGAGGAGCUAAACAGGCAACUGAAUAGCACAGUUAGCAGUCUACAUGCAAGAGUUGACUCACUGGAGAAAUCAAACACUAAGCUGAUUGAAGAGUUAGCAAUAGCAAAAAACAAUAUAAUUAAACUUCAGGAAGAAAACCAUCAAUUAAGGAGUGAAAAUACUCUGAUUUUAAUGAAAACACAGCAUCAUCUAGAGGCAACUAAGGUGGAUGUGGAAGCAGAGCUUCAGACGUACAAGCACUCGAGGCAGGGCUUGGAUGAGAUGUACACGGAGGCUCGCAGGCAGCUCCGGGAGGAGGCCCAGCUGCGGCAGGAUAUGGAGAAUGAGCUAGUGGUUCAAGUUAGCAUGAAGCAUGAGAUAGAGCUUGCCAUGAAGUUGCUGGAGAAGGAUAUCCAUGAGAAGCAGGACACCCUCAUCGGCCUGCGGCAGCAGCUUGACGAAGUUAAAGCAAUUAACGUGGAAAUGUACCAAAAGCUGCAGGUUUCUGAAGAUGCUAUGAAAGAAAAGAAUGAAAUUAUUAGUCGAUUAGAGGAUAAGACCAAUCAAAUUAAUGCAACCAUGAAACAACUAGAACAAAGAUUGCAGCAAGCAGAGAAGGCUCAAAUGGACGCUGAGGCUGAGGAUGAGAAACUUAAACAGGAAUAUGUGAAUAAAUCUGAAAGCCUGCAGAACGAAUUCUCCCAGAAGGAGAGACAGCUGCUUCAGCUGGAAACAGAUUUGAAGAUAGAAAAAGAGUGGCGGCAAACCCUAGAGGAUGAUCUUCAAAAGGAAAAGGAAACUGUAUCUCAUCUGAGAGCAGAGACCCAAGAAAUAGUUAACCUUAAGAAAGAGUUCCUUAAACUUCAGGAGAAGAACAAGCAACUGAAAAGCAUAUGUGAGGAACAAGAAGCUGCUCUCCAAGAACUGGCCUCGAAGCUGAGCGAAUCAAAGCUGAAAAUAGAAGAUAUAAAAGAAGCGAACAAGGCGUUGCAGGGCCAGGUUUGGCUGAAGGACAAAGAGGCCACUCACUGCAAGCUGUGUGAAAAGGAAUUUUCGCUUUCCAAAAGGAAGCAUCACUGCAGGAACUGUGGGGAGAUCUUCUGCAAUGCCUGCUCGGACAAUGAGCUGCCUCUGCCCUCCUCCCCGAAGCCUGUGCGCGUCUGUGACUCCUGCCACGCCAUACUCAUACAGAGGUGCUCUUCCACCGUGCCAUAGCCGCUCAGUGGUGCUGGGGCUCUGCUCGUCCUCUGGGAGCCACCUCUGGCACCAACUCAGGAGUGUUCAGCAGCGUCUCCAGGCCUUCAGGUAAGCAGUGUGGAGUUGCAGUUCCGAGGUGCUGUGGACGAGUUACUUCUCUGCUUCCUGUUUAAACAGAUGGAGACAAUGGGACCCAAAUGUAGAAAAUGCACAUCUGAAAAGAAAAAAAAAAAAACAACAACAAAAACAGAUGGCUGUGUUGGUCUGCCAAACGGCUUAGCAGCUUUUUUGGUAGGAAGCAGGGCAGUUGAUACAGGAGACCCAGUGUUAAUGUGCAUUGGAUAUUUUAGUUGUUAAGAUGAUCUGGAGAAAGGUGAUACUCUUACAGGCUGCUGUGCCACAAGUCCAACCUAAUUCUGCUACAGAGUGUGCCUCUGAUAGGCUGUUGUGAAGCAAAACCGAGCACUAGUUGGUUUUAAAUUGUACUGGAAAGAGGUGUGGCAAUUAAUGCAGUGGUCUGGGAAGUUCUUGCCAAAUCCCGUGUAUUUGUUUACUUGCUCUUCGUUAGCAGGGUUUGAUGCAUCCAAGAAUAUUGCACUGGCAGCUGUUCUGUGCAGUCCCAGGUGGGAGGGGAGCUCUGGUCAGCCAGGGAACAAACAGUGCCUUGGGGCACUUGCUGAAGGAAGGUGUGUUUUUUUUACUGAAUGAUUUUUUCACAUGAACUAUUCAUUUGGUAGAUCUGUGUUUCCCUUGAAAGAGAGCUGUUCACCACAGACCUCUCGUCUGACAUUGUCUGUAACCUUGAACGAGUCUCUGCAUUAUUUUCAUGCAAGUCAUGCUCUCAGGCUUGUAGGUGUAGUCACUGCAGAGCUCUAGAAACCACCUAGAAAGACUGGGCUGAAAUAUUGGGAAGCACAUCCUUCCUCUGUUGGACAGGAGGGUUCUUCCUUAUUUUGUCACCAUCUUUCUCAAACUUUCAGAGUUGGUUCCUAAACUUCAUUUUUUUUCCAGAGCGCUUUUGAGCCCUCCUGAGCCUAACCAGUCUUGUCACUGAUGGUAACUUUUGCUGGAACGUAAAAUCCUUGUUCUGUAGGCAAAUAGAAAUAAUAUCCUUUGAUGAACUGCCCUCACUGCACUGCACCCUCCUCCCUUUAGCCACUCCUGCCAUGGGCUCCAGCCCUGGAGCCCCCACGCUCCAGAAUCAGCCCGUGGCUCCUUCAGCCGUGGGCUUGGAGUAGCAUUGGGAGGCUGCAAACAGGUCUGUUCGUUGUCCUUGCACUUUGUUUAGCUUGGCUUUGUCUCUGAGGAUAGGGAUUUAGUGAAUAUCCUAACAGCUAGCACAGCUAUGCUUUUUAACACCUUGAUGUAGUUGCUUAUGUAGCUUUUGUAAAGCAAAAUGUUUUUAAAAUGACCUGAUGUAACUUUUUGUAAAAUACCACACAAAUACUUGUAAAUCUGUAAAUAACUUUUGGAA